UUUACACAAUAAAGAAGAAAACUAGUCACUCUAGUAAGCCAGCUCCGGUUCCCGGUCCCCCCGGCGCCGUUGAAAAGAAGUAUGCCGAGGCACUUCAAACCGCAAUGCAGUUCUUCGAUGUACAAAAAUCUGGUAAGCUGGUAAAUAACAAAAUAUCGUGGAGAGGAGAUUCAGCACUGAAGGACGGAAGUGAAGCACGUUUGGAUCUCUCGAAAGGCAUGUAUGAUGCUGGAGAUCACAUGAAGUUUGGAUUUCCAAUGGCUUUUACUGCUACGGUAUUGUCAUGGACCAUCCUUGAGUAUGGAGAUCAGAUGGAGGUUAUAGAUCAGUUGAAACCAGCCCAAGAUUCUCUCAAGUGGAUCACUGACUACCUUAUCAAUGCUCAUCCUUCUGCUAACGUGCUUUAUGUUCAGGUAGGUGAUCCUGAUAAAGACCAUAAAUGUUGGGAAAGGCCUGAAUCCAUGACCGAGGAGAGGCCAGUCACUCAGGUCAACACGUCUUCUCCUGGGUCGGAUGUUGCAGCUGAAACUGCAGCAGCCAUGGCUUCAGCGUCCCUGGUGUUCAAGAAGAGUGAUUCAACAUAUUCAAGCACGCUUCUUAGGCAUGCUAAAGAGUUGUUUACUUUUGCUGACAAAUACAGAGGUUCUUACAGCGACAGCAUUCCCCAAGUCCAAAAUUAUUACAAUUCCACAGGAUAUGGAGACGAGCUUUUAUGGGCAGCUAGCUGGCUCUACCAUGCAACGGGGGACAAAUCCUACCUCCAAUACGUGACUGGGCAGAAUGGAAAAGAUUUUGCUAAUUGGGGAAGUCCAACCUGGUUUAGUUGGGAUAACAAACUUGCAGGAGCCCAGGUUUUGUUAUCCAGAUUGAGUUUCUUUCAUGCCAAGGACUCCUCAGAUAACUCUGGCCUUCAAAUGUACAGGAAAACAGCUGAGGCUGUUAUGUGCGGUCUUCUACCAAAAUCUCCAACAGCCACAACCGACAGAACGGAUGGUGGUCUUAUAUGGAUCAGUCAAUGGAACUCUCUGCAGCAUCCCGUUGCUUCAGCAUUUUUGGCUGCUCUAUACAGUGAUUACAUGCUAACAUCACAAACUGCAGAGCUAACCUGUAGUGGACGUUCUUUCAAGCCAUCGGAUCUCCGGGACUUUGCCAGAGAUCAGGCUGAUUAUGUUUUGGGCGACAAUCCUAUGAAGAUGAGCUUUCUUGUGGGGUAUGGAAAGAAAUUCCCUGAGUAUGUGCACCAUAGGGGAGCAUCCAUCCCAGUUGACGCAACAACUGGCUGUACUGGCGGUUUCCAGUGGCUUGAAUCAACAAAACCAAAUCCAAAUGUAGCAGUUGGCGGACUUGUGGGCGGGCCCUUCCUAAAUGAAACAUAUAUUGAUUCCCGGAACAACUCCAUGCAAGCAGAACCCAGCACCUAUAACAGUGCUGUAAUUGUUGGGCUACUAUCAAGUCUGGUCACCACCUCUUCCGCAGUUCAGUCCUUCACUACAUGAGACAAAUUGUUUUGU